UGUAGAAGAAGCAAUUAGUACGCGCGUGGUAGCGUUGUGUCACACACAGACCGUUUUAAACCACUGGCAUAUGUUUGCAUGACAAUAGUAGCAUACUACUUUUAGCCAGAAAAUGCGUUUUGUGGUUUCUCGAUCUAAACGGCAGCUGCGUUAAUAUUUGGAGGAACCGCGCACUUUAAAAAAAAAAAAAAAAAAAAAGACAUUUAAAUUGACAAAUGCUGUCACAUUACACAAGGCGUCCAGUGUGUAAAGUUAUCUUCAUCAUGUAUUGGUGGUGUAUUGAGGGAUGCGAGGCGUGAGUACAGCAGCCUGUACUGACAGGAGGAAGCGCCCCCUCCCCCCAACUCUCCCUCCCCCCAUAUUUGGUCAUUUUGCGUCUGUCUUCCUGCGCUCACGCGGCUGAUCGUUAUGACGGCACUGUUGCUGCGCGCGCGCGGCCGCUUUACAGCGUUUCGUACGUUUCCGCAGAACGCGAAGUGGUCAAACAGCACGGAACUGGACUGCAGAUUAUCCAGCAUUAAAGCCGCGCCGAGCUGCCGAAGAAUGGACUAUCAGGAUGCCAUUUGUACCCUGAACACACUACAGACCAAUGCCAGCGCCCUGGAGCAGGUGCGUCGAGAGCGCGCUCACCCCCAAAUCCAGCUGCAGGCCAUGAGGAGCUUUCUGCAGCGUUCAGGCCUUACGGUGGAGGAACUCGAUCAUCUUAACAUCAUACAUGUAACUGGAACAAAGGGAAAGGGUUCGACGUGUGCCUUCACGGAGAAGAUUCUGAGGAGCUAUGGCUUCCGCACUGGAUUUUACAGUUCUCCACACUUGGUGCAGGUUAGGGAGAGGAUCCGUGUGAAUGGCUGCCCCAUUGGGAAAGAUCUUUUCACCAAAUACUUUUGGCAGGUUUACACCCGGCUGGACGAAACUAAGGAUGCGCAUGGUGGCAGUAUGCCAGCGUAUUUCCGCUUCCUGACCAUCCUUGCCUUCCACGUAUUCCUGCAGGAGAAGGUGGACGUGGCAAUCAUUGAGGUGGGAAUAGGUGGUGCCUAUGACUGCACCAACAUAAUUCGGAGACCGUGGGUGUGUGGGAUUUCCUCGUUGGGCAUUGACCACACCAGCAUUCUUGGGGAUACAAUCGAGAAGAUUGCCUGGCAGAAGGGAGGAAUAUUUAAGCCUGGAGUUCCAGCAUUCAUUGUGAAUCAACCAGACGGACCAAUGAAAGUUCUUCAGGAGAGAGCAGAAGAGAUUGGGUGCCCGUUGUUUUUGUGCCCUGAGUUGGCUCAAUACCGGAGUUCUGAGGAGGUGAAAUUGGGUUUGGCCGGACAGCACCAGUGGUCCAACGCCUCACUUGCGUUACAGCUCACACACUGCUGGCUCCAGAGGCGCUGCAGCACAGAUCCAGCGGUUACUUCUGCAUCUGCUUUUAGUGGCCUUCAUACAGCUUCGGUGUUUGAGCCAAGUCCUCACAUGCUGAAAGGUCUGGCUGAGACUGAAUGGCUGGGCCGGACUCAGACCCUGAGGCGUGGCAGCGUCACGUACUUCCUGGAUGGUGCUCACACCACGCGCAGCAUGCAGGCGUGUGUGAACUGGUUCAGCGAGGUGGCUGCACAACAUGAGAAAAACGCCAUGGGUUCAGUGGUGCGAGUGCUGCUGUUUAAUGCCACUGGAGAGCGGGAUUGCGGUGCUAUGCUCAAGCUGCUCGUGCCAUGUCAUUUCGAUUUUGCGGUUUUCUGUCCUAACAUCACGGAGGCCAUUGCUGACUGCAAUGCAGACCAACAGAACUUCAAUGUGUCUGUAGAGCACAUGCUCACACGCUGCCUGGACAAUCAGCAGAGCUGGCGCAUUCUCAACGGUAUCGAGGAGGAGGGGCCAGAGUCACAGCUUCUAAUUGGGGGUGGUGUCCAUUUGCCUCUGAGACUGGAGAGAAGUGGUGCCUCGUUAGUUUUCCCCUGCAUCUUGAGCGCUCUUCAGUGGAUCACACAGGGACGUGACCCACUUGUGUCUGAUUCCACUAAACACGUCAUGCCUGUCAAAGCUAGUGUCAAUGCUAAAGCAGUGCCACUAAGAGAGGCCGCUAAUGUGCAUGUGCUAAUCACAGGCAGCUUGCACUUAGUAGGAGGAGCCCUAAAACACCUCGUACCUGCCCUGUCAUCCUAACACAAUGUUUAGUUUGUGUAUGUGACUGGGAGAGUGUGCGUGACGUGGAGGUCCCCAGUAUGUUUUUGCACUGUGAUAUGAAAAAGCUAAAUUAUGCUCUACAGUGGUGUGCUUGAAAGUUUGCGAACCUUUUUAGAAUCUUCUAUUGUUCUGCAUGAAUAUGAGGUAAAAGAUAAGAUUUUCACGCAUGUCCUAACCGUAGAUAAAUAGAACCAAAUUAAACAAAUGAGACCAAAAAGUUUUACUUGGUCAUUUAUUUAUUGCAGGAAAUGAUCGAGUAUCACACGUCGGAGUUGCAAAAGUAUGUGAACAUUUGCUUUCAGUAUCUGGUGUGAGCCCCUUGUGCAGCAAUAACUGCAACUAAACAUUUCCAGUAAUUGUUUAUCAGUCCUGCAGAGGGCGCACACUCGCACCUGAUGGUCAUCCCAUUGAUUGAAAACACCUGACUCUAAUUUCACAUUCAAAUUAAUCUACUAAUCCUAGAGGUUCACAUACUUUUGCCAUUCACAGAUAUGAAAUAUUGGAUCGUUUUCCUCAAUAAAUAAAUGACCAAGUAUAAUAUUUUUGUUUCACUUGUUUAUUUGGGAUCUCUUGAUCUACGUUUAAGACUUGUGUAAAAAUCUGAUGAUGUUUUGGGUCAUAUUUAUUCAGAUAUAUAUUAAUUUUUAAAGGGUUCACAAAUUUACAAGCACCACUAUAUUUAAGAUUUAAAAACUUACUGAAUAUACCUCCUAAAUUUGAAGCAGGAGUCUGAAGUACUUAGCUUUUCACCUGUGCUUUCCUUCUGUUGGGAGUGUUCACAGAGCCUGCUUAAACACUGCUUAACCCUAGUCUUAGUACCCUGUCAGUUGUCUUAAAUAUCAAAUCUUCUGACAUUUCAGGACUGGGAUUACUCUGUCCAGGAUAUCCUUUCAUAUACAGUCAGGAUAACACUGAAUUUAUUUAUAGGCCUGCAGAUAAAACUGCAAACAUCAUGCUAUCAAAUGUUCAGUGUCCCUUGAUUAUGCAUUUUCAUAUACUGCCCUGUUCCCAGUUUGCUUUUCUUUUUAUGUGCUACAAAUCAUAGUAUUCAGUUUUCCUAUACUGUUCGGGAUUUGAUGCAUGUGAUUGAUUUCUGGUAAACAAAACCUAUCCAAACAUAAUUUCUCAUUGGUGUGUAUACUCUGUGUUAAGUUUGGGCUACACCCAAAACUGUACAACACUGUCAGUGCACUAUUGUGCUAUCUCAUGAGCACACACAGUGCCCUCAGAAAUAAGUAUGAGUAAAACUGAUUAUAUAACGUAAACAAUAAACACAAUUCAAAUUUCUUAUACAAAACCAUCUGAGAAACUAUUAGUCUUUGUUUUAACAAAUUCUGUUAGAACUACUUUUAAGAAUACUUUUACUGUCUCUUCAAAACAUUUGUCUAAAUUCCUAAAACUCAUAACUAAGAGAGACAGAAAGCAGACAUCCUUUUAGCAGCCAUGUUCUGUUCCUCUGCCAUGUGCUGGUUCACACUCAAACAGUGAUGCUGAAAUGGUGCUGUCCUUUCAGGACCCUGUUGGCACACGUGCGAGGAGCGUGUAGAGCGAGGAUUUUAGUGAGUCUGUUCCAGAAGCAGCCUUGCAAGCCCAAGCCAUGACGCUACCUCCACCAUGAAUCACAGCUGAGCUUGUAUGUUUUGGAUCAUGAGCAGAUCCGUUCUUUCUCCACACUUUGGCCUUUCCAUCACUUCGAUAGAGGUUGAUCUUGAUACCAGAUCUCUGUAUUUCUUUGCCAGUUCCAAUCUGGCUUUUUGAUUCUUACUGCUGAGUGGUUCGCAUCUUGUGGUAUGGCCUCUGUAUUUCUGCUCUCGAAGUCUUCGAACAGUGGGUCGUGAUACCUUCACCCCUGCCCUGUGGAGGAUGUUGAUGUCACUAACUGCUGUUUUUGAGUUUUCCUUCACAGCUCUCACAAUGUUUCAGUAGUUGUUUUCUUGGGUUGACCCAGUUGGUAUCUGUUGCUCAGUCCACCAGUGGUUUCUUUAUUUUUCAGGACAUUCCAAAUUGUUGUAUUGGUGAUGCUCAGUAUUUGUGCGAUCCCUCUGUUUGAUUUUCCCUCUUUUCUCAGCUUCAGAAUAGCUUGCUUUUCUAAUCAGAGCUGUCUGAUCUUCAUGUUUGCGUAUACUUUUUUUUACACCUGCAGUCUUCACAGGUGAAACUGAAGGCUAAUCUUACAAGAUGCUCAGAGCUAUUUAUUGUUUAAACAGUCAGUCUAGCAGGACACACCUGCAUAACGAGACACCUGGCAGUCACAUGUUUCAGUAUUUCUGCUCGCAUACAAAAAACACCUACAUAUAAAUACCAGGAAAUUAAAGAUGAAAUUGUAAACUCUUCUGAUGUUCAUCUUGUGAUCUCGAACCCAAAUGUCCUCAAUCUACAGCAAAAAUUUUAUUGGCUUUUCAGUAGUUUUAGGAGGGACUGUAUAUGGAGCAACGGCUCAAAUAUGGUACUGCAAUUUAUCUUUGAGUUCGGUACAGCAGUGUUUAGAUCAGGCUUAAGAGUGAAUCAACCUCAAAUCACCACGUUUUAAUAAAUGUUCCUGACUGACCAUCUUAGAUUUGCUACAUACUUUCUGCCACCAUCAAUGCCAUAAAUAAAUAAUGUCACCAUUCUCAAUAAGUAAGGUGUACAAUUUGAGGCUUGCAUCUGUGUUAGUUUGCGAUAUAUAGAGGCUUUAAUAAAGGGGUGUGGCCCUGUAAAAAUGAGUGCUGCGGAAAAGUUCCAAUGUCCAUUACUUUUGAACUAUUCAUGCUAGAUGUAUGAAAUCUCAGGGAUUGUUGUCUACUAUGAGAUAAUCUUAAAGGGCCACAGUUGUAUACGUGCCAAUUUAUGACCGUCCUAUUGUCUUUGACCCAAUGUUUAACGUCUGUGAAUACAUGAAUGAUACAAUUUUCUUUGCUUUUCCUAAUUUAAUGGGGACAACUCGGUAAACACACAAUUAACAUGAUAUUUUUUAUGUCCUGUAUACAUUUUGUAGCGUUUGGACAUUGUAACAUUUUGUUCUUUGGGUCGCCCCAGGCUCUGUUAGCUGUAGAACAUAAGAAAUAUCAAAAUUUUACAUGCAUUUAUUUUGGUUGUUUUAUUAAGGUCACUAUCACCUGCUAUAAUUUUAUCUAUUCAAUAUACAGUUGCAGUCAAAAUUAUUCAACCUCCAUCAGGUUUAUUGUCAAAAUUUUGACUUUCAGCUGUUUGCAAUGAACAAAUCAAACAAAAGCAAUUGAAAUAGUUCAACACAACAAACGCUUCAAGUGAUUUCCCCAAAUUCAACUGAAAAUUCAGCUUAUAAUGACUUCUCCAGUUUCAAAAUGAUUCAACCCCCUUAAUUGAAUCCCUCAAAACAGCACAAAUAUGCAAAACAGGUGUUGUCUCAAGCACACCUGAUGCAACUAAUCAAGGGCUUCAUUAGAUGCACGGAUGUGCUUGAGCUGGAACACAUGAGAUACCUGAACUGGCUAGGGGCAGAAAAUUUGUGAAAUACCUGGACGGGGCAGAAAAAGGAAGUUAUCAACGGCUGCAAGCAGAUUUGUGAGAAGGCAGGUGGUGAAAAACCCUCGAGUGACUGUAAAAGACCUGCAGCGAGACUCGGUGUAACAGCUCUGAGGUUUCAGUGAGCACAGUAAGGUGUGUACUAAACGCAGAAGGUCUCCAUGCCAGAACUCCAGGACAUUCACUGCUACUGACCCAAAAGCACAAGAAAAGUCGCUCAAAAUCAUAUAAAUAAUCCAGAGAAGUUGGGAUUGUGUUCUGUGGAGCGAUGAAACAAAACUGGAACUUUUCAGCACGAUGGAUCAGCGGUAUGUCCGGAGGAAGAAGAAUGAAGAAAGAAGACUCUGUCCACAGUCGAGCAUGGUGGAGGCUCGGUGAUGCUCUGCGGCUACUUUGCGUCCUCUGCCACUGGAAACCUGCAGCGUGUGGAAGGCGAGAUGGAUUCAUUGAAGUAUCAGAAAUUCUCAGGAGAAAACGUCAUGCCGUCUGUGAGGAAGCUGAAGCUUGGGCGUCACUGGACCUUCCAACAGGACAGCGAUACCAAGCACACCUCAAAUCCACCAAGGCUCGGUUACAGAAGAAGUCCUGAUUAUUCUGCAGGGCUAUCGAGAUUUACUUUACCCUCGCAAGGGCACAUCAAAAGGUUUGAAGUGGAUGUGGCCACUUUUACUUAAAUGGCUAUAUCUCUUGAAGGGAAUCAGAAAUUUUCAAUAAACUUGGUAAACUUCUGUAGGGGCCCAGUCUGAGGGAACUUGGGGGGGAAAAAAGGAGGAGUUUGGCCACUUGGUGGAGCUAUAAUAAUUGCUGUAUACAUGGUGGGAACGGUUAGAGGUAUAUCAGAAAUCUUGAAAAUGUGAUGAAAAGCUGACUUCCAAAGUUGACUUUGCUUUAUAACUCAUUAUGUUGGUGGUGGAAAGUACUUGAGUAAUUGUACUUUUUUGCAAUACUUCAGUAUUAUUUUGGGGUAUUUAUACUGUGCUUGAGUGGAAUUGAAUACUUGUACCCAAUUACAUUUCCUAGAAGAAAAACUUUUUACUCCUUGUAUUUUAUAUCAUUCAUUACAAAUCCCAACGCUCUCUUUUUCUCUUCUCCAGCCAAUGCCUGGAUGCUACAGGUCCACUCAAUCAGCUCCUGAGCAUUUUUUUUGUUGCGUUUUGUUCACAUUUCAGUUAAAGUAUUCAGUCAAAUUCUUCGAUCUAGACAAAGCUUUCAAAAAUCAGCCACGUUCCUCUAUCUGCUGCGACCUAGUUCAUUUCGUCAUGUUCCAACAUUUCAAACUUUUUUACAUUUUAAAGCUCGAGUACGUUUAUUAGACUUCUUUCACUGGAGUACGGUUUUGGCGGGAUGCUUCCACUUUUAACUGAGUAAGAUUUUGACACCUUAUCUAUACUUUCACUUAAGUACAAUUUCUCAGUACUUUUCCCACCCCUGAAUGUUCUAAAUGAAUUGGCAAAAAGCAAGCGGUCACCAGUAACCAAACAAGUAAGCAAGAUUGAUCUUCUGCUAGCAAUAAUAAUUCUGUGUCAGUGAUAAAGACUGGGGGCCAUAGUAAUACUAAUGGUAUCAGUUAACAUUUAUUAUUUUUUAAAUAAUACAAUAAAUAUACUACAAUUGAACAUCAUCUUUGGCAGAGUUACAACAUCCUGGCUCUGUCACCAUUUCACAAUUAAGGGCAUGCCUUUAUUCAUCUGAGCAUUUGAAAUGUAUAUCAUAGCAAUAAAGAUGCGAUUGGAAUCAAAUCAAUUUCAGCUUGGAAUAACAUUAAGAGAAUGAAAAACUUUCAUCAUUUUCAUGCAUACAGAAAGGCUUUAAUGCUUCAAAAGACAUACAAGGGUGCGUGGCCACAGUAAAUUUGAAUUUAUUGACACAAAAAAACAAUAUAUCUUCUAUCCUCUCUUACACAGGUUUAACAAGACCUUAAAACAGACAACACAACAAAAGACAAAUAUUCAAAAAAACAAAAACAAAAAAAACAAACAACACAGAAUUCUUUUAUUGGCAGCAUCAUGGCUUUUUUUUGUGUGGAAAUUUACAAAACUGGUUAUUUUCUUAAACAUUAUGAAUUUUUAUGUGUUGAAUGAAUCAUUUUAAAAAGCAAUUCAAGUCAUAUUUCAAAUGAACAGAAUGCAAAGCAGAGUCGCUGGCAUAGUGGUGUAAGAUGAGUGCAUUAGGGACUAGUGGCAAAGAAAUGCAGAAUAAACAGGGAAGAAAGACAAGAAAGUUCAUUUUCUUUUUAAACCAAGGCUCUUAAGAAUUAUAAUAAAUGGGAAAUCGAUCUACCCCACAGUUCCACAGUCUUAAAUAAAGUGACUUUCUGGUCAUUAAGUGUAUUUCAUGAAGCCUAAAGCCAUGAGAAUAUCUUUGGCCUGAGAAUAGGAGGACAGUAGAUUAGUUGGUCCUCUGUAUUUGGCUCUGGCAACAGAGGUCAAGUUCUUCCCUGUACAAAAUAAUAAUAAUAAUAAUAAUCUCCCCACUGAAGACUUUAUGGACAUCUAACUGCUUGAGGUGAACUGCUCAUUGCACUCAUGUCCACAGUAAAGCUGUAGGUCCACAAACACCGUAAAACAAUUACUACCUUUUAAAAAUUCUUUCUUUCUUUUUUUUCUUACUACAGUUUAAAUUCAUGGGAAUAAAUGUGCGAUGGAGGACUAUGCGAAAGUACAUAAAUAAUCUCCAGACAAAGCGCCGCUUUACAGUUUGCAUACUGCACGUUCAACAACAGUGUGUGGGGUGAUGGCAAAGAGAUAAAUCUGUUAGUUACGAGGUCAAAAUUUUUGCUUUAUCAAUGAAUAUGAUGGAUUGUCAUGCAUAAAAAUAUUUACCCACACAAGACACAGGGCCCGCUACCCAGAAAAGAUGUGAUGAAAGAAAUGGAAGAUGUUUCAACAUCAUCUGUGAAUAAUUUUAAACAAAUAAACAAAACAAUGGAAAAUAUAUAUGUAUAUAGCACCACAGGCAGAAGGAAAUAGCACCUAGUUUACUGAUAUAGUGUUUCCUCAAUGAAACGGUCGUUCAUUGCGUGUGCUUUCUGAUAGACUCGAGCACAAGGUUUGAUAGAAAAAGGAUAAAGGAUAGAAUCGUUCAGAUAUCCUGUGAUUUUAACAAGACAACACAAGAGCAAAAUCAGUUUGAUGUGAACUUGCUAUUAUUGCUUGUUCUGACUUUUAUUUUCAUUCAGUCGUGUGAAAUGACCAAAAAAAAAAAAAGGACGGGGUCACGCCUGCAACAGGACAUAAUGUUUUCUUCAUGGGGUUUCUGACAUUUUAUUGAAUUUUUCUCUGCUAUCUAAUUUUCUCUAUGAUGACUCUUAUUGUUGAAAUGCGAAACUUUAUUUGCACUAAUCAUUAGCAUCGCUGCGGUCCUUCUCGCUCAAUGGUUCACAUGCAUGUUUUGAAGCACAAAAAAAAGAAACAAGAAAAAAAAAACAGAGAAAUAUACAGAAAGUACUUACAAACAUACAAAAAAUAUUUAUAUAUAUAUUUAUAUAUAAGCACCAUUCCAGGGAAUGGGAGAACAAAUAUGCACAAAAUAAAGUUCAUUGAAGUACUGGGGGGAAAAUGAAACAAUGAAUAAAUGCAAGCAGAAACCAGACAGAGCUAAAACCAGGUGGAGUGUGUGAGGAUGUUUCCACCUGCAGGAAGUGCAUCAAAGAUGGAGGAUUACUGUUGCUAUAUCCUGCACCUUUACAGCAUGGGUGGUAAGAUGUGGUCAGAACGUGGCAAUUAAAGCAUAGGGUUAGCUAGCUAGCAUUCAGCUAAUCCAGUUUCAAAACUUGCAUGUGACAGAGACAGGUACACUGAGGUCAAAAAAAGUUUCUUUUUUUUUUUUUUCUUUUUUUUUUUUUGAAAUCCAUUCUUUAUUUUCUUAAAUUUCUUUUAUCCUUUCUAUGUUACGUUGUUUUAUUUUGGAAACACAAAUCUUUAGAAAAUAUGUUGUCCUAUUCCUUUCUUUGGUUUCUGAGAAAAUGAAUGUGGUUGUUUUUUGUUUUUUUUUCCUGGUGCGCUCAGUAAACAGUCUUAACCAAUAAAGCAGG